AUGUCUGAUUACACCACCUCUGAAGAAGAAUUUGACCCUAAUAAUGAUAUUAUUCCCAAAGAGGAAGUUGAUUCAUCUAAUAUUAUUCUUGAAGAGGAGGUUGAUUCAUCUGAUAAUAUUAAUGAGGAAAAUGCCACUACCAUGUUGCCAUUACAAGAAGUCUUAUUAGAUAGUUUUAAUGUAAAUUGUAGUAAAAACAAAACGUCACCUGUAUGGAACUUUAUGAGUAAGCAAAAAGAAGGAAAUAAGGUUAUUGCAAGAAUAUGUGGAAGAUGCGGUCAAAAAUUUAGCCCUACUAGAAUUUUGGGUAACCAUCUUAGCAAUAAGCAUGGUUUAGAAAUUACCCUAAAAAGAAAUAACUUGAUCCAAAGACCAUAUGGUAAAGAAGAUACUUGGCAUAAAAAAGAGUGCUUUGAUGCCAUUUUGAAUCUUGUUGUUUGCUGUCAGCUCCCAUUCGCAAUAAUUGAAAAUACCUGGUUUCAACAAAUGGUAAACACAUUUGACCCAAUAUAUAAGCUUCCAUUGUGCCAGUAUAUAAAGAAAGAGAUAAUAAAUCAGUUUAAAAUUCGGUAUGAUCUUGUUGCUAGAGAACUCAGAAAUACUGCUGUUACUAGUCUACGAAAUACCAUGACUCAGUAUAAAUCACAAGUCCCAGCAACAACUAUGACUAGUUCCACUCCUAAAUUGGCAUCUAAGAAUAAAAGAAAGUUUUUCGAGUCAUUAUUAAUACAGCAACAAACAAUUGAACAACCAUUGAUGGAGGAAUUAGAUCACUAUUUAUCCAUGCCAAUGACUAAUAAAAAUAAUUCUCUCUUAUGGUGGGCUGAAAAUGAGCACAAGCUUCCAAUGCUUGCAAAAAUAGCACGAGACUUUCUUUUGAUCCAAGGAACGAAUGUUCCAUGUGAGGAGGCCUUCUCAACUGCAGCAGGAACAAUCACAAAAGUUCAUAACCGCCUUGAUCCUCAAACUGCUCGUGUGUCACUUUGUCUAAAGAGUUGGAUUGAACAAGGUGUUGGUAUAUUAAACUGA